AUGUCUGGCAAUGUUGGUUCUGGGACCGGCCCCACUCUGGGGGGUUGUUCCGUUGAAGGUUCCGUCGGAGGUUCCGUCGGAGGUUCCGUCGGAGGUGUGGUCUUAGGUGUGGUCUUAGAUUCCAUCGGAAGUGUGGUAUUCGGUUCCAUCGGAAGUGUGGUAUUCGGUUCCAUCGGAAGUGUGGUAUUAGGUUCCAUCGGAAGUGUGCUAUUAGGUUCCAUCGGAAGUGUGGUAUUAGGUUCCAUCGGAAGUGUGGUAUUAGGUUCCAUCGGAAGUGUGGUAUUAGGUUCCAUCGGAAGUGUGGUAUUAGGUUCCAUCGGAAGUGUGGUAUUCGGUUCCAUCGGAAGUGUGGUAUUCGGUUCCAUCGGAAGUGUGGUAUUCGGUUCCAUCGGAAGUGUGGUAUUCGGUUCCAUCGGAAGUGUGGUAUUCGGUUCCAUCGGAAGUGUGGUAUUAGGUUCCAUCGGAAGUGUGGUAUUCGGUUCCAUCGGAAGUGUGGUAUUCGGUUCUAUCGGAAGUGUGGUAUUCGGUUCCAUCGGAAGUGUGGUAUUAGGUUCCAUCGGAAGUGUGGUAUUAGGUUCCAUCGGAAGUGUGGUAUUAGGUUCCAUCGGAAGUGUGGUAUUAGGUUCCAUCGGAAGUGUGGUAUUAGGUUCCAUCGGAAGUGUGGUAUUGGGUUCCAUCGGAAGUGUGGUAUUGGGUUCCAUCGGAAGUGUGGUAUUCGGUUCCAUCGGAAGUGUGGUAUUCGGUUCCAUCGGAAGUGUGGUAUUAGGUUCCAUCGGAAGUGUGGUAUUAGGUUCCAUCGGAAGUGUGGUAUUAGGUUCCAUCGGAAGUGUGGUAUUCGGUUCCAUCGGAAGUGUGGUAUUAGGUUCCAUCGGAAGUGUGGUAUUAUUAUAA